AUGAAUGAAAGUCAUAAUCAUUCAGUCAAUACAAGUGGUUCAAUGAAAUUUUUAUGGAUAACACCUGAGGUGGAGCAAGUGUUUAAUUUGUAUUUUGAGGAUGGAAUGGGUGCUGCUGAAGCGAUACGCUUACAUGAAAGCAAAAUAUUAUUGAAUGAAAAUUGUUGGGAGACUUUAGCAAAUGGUUCAAAAAACCCAAAUAAAGAAACUGUGGCAUAUUUACACAAAAAAUGGCGAAAAAAUAAUUUUGGUUGUGUAAAUAACCCAUUAGAAAAAUUAAAAGAAAAGACUCAAUCAUAUGCUGAAAAAGGUAUUUAA